AUGAGGAAGUUCCAGUCCUUCGCUGCGCUCGUAGCGCUUAGCCUUUCUUACACCCACCCCGUCGCCGGUGCCAUUGGCCCCGUCGCGGACAUGACGGUUACCGAUGAUAACAUUUCUCCUGACGGCUACUCUCGCGCCGCUGUGUUGGUGAACGGUGUAUUCCCUUCCCCCCUCAUCACCGGGAACAAGGGCGACAACUUCCAACUCAACGUCAUCGAUAAUUUGACUAACGACACCAUGUUGACCGCGACCACUAUUCACUGGCACGGGUUCUUCCAGAAGGGGACUAACUACGCUGACGGUCCUGCGUUUGUCAACCAAUGUCCCAUCUCGAAGGGCAACUCCUUCUUGUACGACUUUACGGCCACAGACCAGGCAGGUACUUUCUGGUACCAUAGCCACUUGUCGACCCAGUACUGUGACGGUCUCCGUGGCGCCUUCGUCGUGUAUGACCCCAACGACCCUCACGCGUCACUGUACGACGUGGAUGAUGAGUCUACGGUUAUCACGCUCGCGGACUGGUACCACACUGCGGCUCGUCUCGGCCCUCGCUUCCCGCUCGGCGCUGAUACAGUCCUCAUCAACGGUAUCGGCCGCUUUACAGGUGGUGACGCAGUCGACCUAGCGGUGAUCUCAGUCACUCAGGGGAAGCGUUACCGUUUCCGCCUCGUAUCCAUCUCAUGCGACCCCAACUUCACCUUCUCCAUCGACAACCACAACUUGACCAUCAUCGAGGUCGACGCCGUCAACCACCAGCCGCUCACUGUGGACGAGAUUCAGAUUUUCGCCGGGCAGCGCUACUCGUUCGUUCUCACCGCCGACCAGGCAAUAGACAACUAUUGGAUCCGCGCGCUACCGCAGAUCGGUACUGUGAGCUUCGACGGCGGCGUCAAUUCGGCUAUCCUGCGUUACGACGGGGCGGCUGCAAUCGAGCCCACCACAAACCAGACUGGCGGCAGCAACCCGCUCGUCGAGGCCAACCUCGUCCCUCUCGAUAACUUGGCUGCUCCUGGCUCGGCUGUAGUGGGUGGUGUCGACUGGGCCCACAGUUUCGAUUUCUCCUUUAACGGUACUGAGUUCUUCAUUGACGGCACCCCCUUCGUCUCCCCCAGUGUUCCCGUCCUGCUCCAGAUCUUGUCAGGUGCCCAGAGCGCGUCGGACCUCCUCCCCAGCGGCAGCGUCUUCUCACUCCCUUCGAACUCGACGAUCGAGCUCUCGUUCCCCCUCACCGCCACAAACGCCCCCGGCGGUCCCCACCCCUUCCACCUUCACGGGCACACCUUCUACGUCGUCCAGAGCGCCGGCCAGACCGAGCCCAAUUACGUCAACCCUCCCCAGCGCGAUGUCGUGAGCACCGGUACUGCAGGGGACAACGUCACCAUCCGCUUCACGACCAACAACCCCGGCCCGUGGUUCCUCCACUGCCACAUCGACUUCCACUUGGAGGCUGGCUUCGCCGUCGUCCUUGCCGAGGACAUCCCCGACGUGUCUUCCGCGAACACUCCGACCACGGCUUGGGAGAAUCUGUGUCCCACCUACUCCCAGGUGUACCCCAGCGGUCUCUGA